AUGGCGGACGAAGUUGGUCGAGUUUUGGUUGUCAGUUGUAGCUCGUUAUUGACUUCAUUCGAAGCUAUAAAGCGAAUUAACGCGAGUGACGAGCUUCCAAACCCUGAAAAGACGACACCACAUCUGGAUUGCUAUCCAUGGGUGAUUAAAAACAAAUACUUCGUUGUUAAAGUUCAUCUUUGCCACGGAGGAACAUAUGAUAUCAAGCUGUUACUCCAGGAGACAUCACACUUACAUUUUGAAGCCAUUAUCAUUAUAUUCGACCAAGAAAAGAAAGAAACCUUGCAAAGUGCAACGGAUUGUAUGAAAAUACUAGAAUCCCAUGAAGCAUCUGUUCAGCUACUAYUGAAUGCUGGGAAAGAUGAAGUKUCUAUGUCAAACCAAGGGUUAUCAAAGACAGAGGUAUUGGAAUGGUGCUUAAAGUACUCUUUUGAACUCGUUGAGUUAAACCCAAAUGAUGAUGAAGACCAAGAAGCAGGAGAAUUUGGWGAGCAGACUGGAUUUCCCAGAGUUAUACAAGCACUCAACUGCGGAGAAUGGCCAAAUAUUGAAUUGAAAGCUGGUAUCAAAAAUGAAAAUGUGCAUGGCAAAAAAUUGGCUAAUGAAAUGUCAAAAGAUGAAAUGAAAUAUUCUGCACAGAGUAAUCCUAGUAAAGAAAAUGGUCAAGAAACAAAAACAGAUGAAGGCUCACAAAAGUGCUCAGGUCUCACARAWGAUGAAUCUGAGUUGCUUCGAAGACUUGGACAAGAAGAACCAGAAGAAGAGUCUUUUGAAGAUCUUUUUAUGAAACUCAAAGACAUGAAAGAUCAUGCUGCAACCCUUCCUCAUGAAGAAAGAAAAUCUUAUGCAGAGCAAGUGGCUGUGGCAUUUUGGAAG